AUGCGCAACUCCAUACGAGAGAUUAUUAAGAAAAGAGAGGAGAAGGCAGCGAUCGGAGAUGAGGAGAGCUUCGGGGGUGAUUAUCUUGGAUUAGUUUUGAAGGCUCAUCACGAUUCCAAUGACGAGAAGAGGAUAUCAGUGGACGAGAUGGUGGACGAGUGCAAGACAAUUUACUUUGCUGGACAUGAAACCACGAAUACUGUGCUUGCUUGGACUGUCUUCUUCUGGCACUCCACACUGAUUGUCAAGAGGAAGCAAGAACGGAGGAAAGUCGAUAGGGAGGUUCGAUUGGAAAAGCUCAUUGUUCCUGCCAAUGUUGAAGUGGUCUUCCCAACUCUAGCAAUCCAACAUGAGCCUGAAUUUUGGGGGCAAGACGUGCAACUUUUCAAACCCGACCGCUUUGUGCAAGGAGUUGCUAAAGCUACUAACAAUAGCAUAGCAGCAUUCUUACCGUUUGCAACGGGACCUUGA